GAUUGACAUCGAUGUAAAUAAUGAUUAAAUAUGUGAAAUCAUGGGAAGCAUGAUAAAAGGGCAUUAUAUAUCUAAACACAGCUCCUGCAGCGCGCAGACAAAAGCUUUCCAGAUUUGUGGACUAAAAACAAGCACAAGAAAAUGGUCUCCGAUAAUUCUAGCACCAACGAAGAGCGUCUUCAACAGCUGAAGGCUUUUGACCAAUCCAAAGCUGGCGUCAAAGGGAUCGUCGACGCCGGAGUCACCAAAAUCCCAUCGAUUUUCUUUCACUCGGGUGACGACCACACAAGUUUCAGUUCCAGUCAACCAACUCAAACCCAGUUCAGGAUCCCAGUUGUUGACCUAACUGACACUGAGCACAAGCGUGCUGAAGUUGUAGACGGAGUACGGCGGGCCGCAGAGAGCGUAGGGUUCUUCCAGGUGGUGAACCAUGGGAUACCAAAGAGAGUUUUGGAGGAGAUGCUGGAGGCAACACGCGCGUUCCACGAGCUUCCGAGUGAGAUGAAGGCUGAUUACUACACUAGGGACCCGAUGAGGAAAGUCAGGUUCGUUAGCAGCUUUCAUCUGUACGAGUCAAGGUCUGCUAAUUGGAGGGACAGUCUGUUGUGUGACAUGGCUCCCGAGCCUCUUGAUCCUCUGGAAUUGCCUGCGAUUUGCAGAGAUAUAACUGUUGAAUACUCUAACAAAAUUUAUAAAUUGGGACUUACUCUGUUUGAGCUGUUAUCUGAGGCUCUUGGACUCAAAUCAGACCACCUUCUAGGUUUGGAUUGUGCAAAUGGAUAUAUUAUUCUUGGUCAUUACUAUCCACCAUGUCCUGAACCAGAAUUGACCAUUGGAACGGACAAACACUCGGAUGCUAAUUUUCUCACUAUCCUACUUCAAGACAAUAUUGGUGGACUCCAAAUUUUGCAUGAAAAUCAAUGGAUAGAUGUUGCUCCCGUGGAUGGAUCUGUAAUAGUCAACAUUGGAGAUCUUUUGCAGCUAAUCUCAAACGACAAGUUUGUAAGCGUUAAUCACAGAGCAGUGACGAAAACCGUAGGUCCAAGAAUUUCAGUAGCAUGUUUUCUCAGGCAUAUGUCACUCGAAAGUUUACCAAGACUGUAUGAGCCAAUUAAGGAGUUGACGUCAGAAGAAAAUCCUGCCAAGUACCGGGCAACCAGUGUGAAAGAGUAUGUUGGAUACCACUAUAAUAAAGGUAUGAUUGCUGGAGUCUCCGGACUAGAAUAUUUGAAGUUGUGAUUUGCGAAUUUUGACCAUGGUAAUGUAAGAUCUAGCGAGUGCAGUAAUGGAUAUGAUGUAUAUAUGCAAUAAUGUACUUCUAGUUUGGCAAUGAAAAUUGUAAACGACUGUUAUAAGUGCACAAGUAAUUUCGUUUUCACAA